GAUUUAUCGAUAAUUUCGCGGACACACGGGUGCAUGAGUGUGGGAAUUUAUUAAACAAAAACGAAACGCGGACAAACUAUAUUUAUGUAAUAAAAGCAGCGCCAAAGAGUUAUGAGCAGUCCACAACUAGGACGGACUAUUUAGGCGCACGCACCGCUCGAUCGACAGAAAUCCAAGUGCAACUGGCUCAAUCAAUUGAUUCGUUUUGCUCAGCUCGGCUCGGCCAAAAACAAAAUCUAUUCCCCAAAAUCGCUUCCGAUUACUGCUGUGUGGGUGUUGCUCUUUUUUUUUUUUGCCGAAAAGUAAAAUCAAAUAAAAAACACAACGCACACACACACGCGUGUGCAAGACAACAGAGGCGAAGAAGAAGAGCAGACGCCAGCUUAAAGAAAGGGCAACAAAAAAGUGCAAGCCAAAUCUUUGCCCAGAAAAGGGGAACAGAACUAAUCGGCGAAUAAUUAGUGGAGCCUAAAAAGACCGCGAAAAGUGCAAAGAGGGAGAAACUCUUAUUUUUUUUACCACCAAAAAGAGAACUAGAAGCCUUGUUAUCGAUUUUAUUCGAGGGGAGGGUGUGCGUGCGUGUGUGUGCGAAGCGCGCCCGCGUGCGGCAGUGUGUGUGUGCUCUCGGCGCGUUAUCAAAAACAACAACAAUUGGUUGCAAAGUAACAGCAAAAGGAGAAUUGAAGAAGAGGAAGAGAUCUUUUAGCCGGUUGCAAAUCGCGCCAUCUCGCUCGCACCGCGUUCAAUCGCGGAUCGUGGUCGAGUUAUCGAAUUAAUCGAUCCCCCUUUCCCACUGAACAAAACACCAAAAAACGGAGGAAAACACCAUAACUCACUUAUUUCAAAUGAUUUCGCUGCUGCAAAUGAAAUUCCAUGCGCUUUUGUUGUUGCUAUCAAAAGUCUGGACAUGCAUCUGUUUCAUGUUCAAUCGCCAAGUGCGAGCUUUUAUCCAGUAUCAACCGGUUAAAUAUGAACUCUUCCCGCUGUCGCCCGUCUCGCGCCAUCGCCUGAGCCUGGUGCAGCGCAAGACACUCGUUCUGGACCUGGACGAGACGCUCAUCCACUCCCAUCACAAUGCGAUGCCCCGGAACACGGUGAAGCCCGGCACGCCGCACGAUUUCACCGUAAAAGUGACCAUCGAUCGGAAUCCAGUGCGCUUCUUUGUGCACAAGCGACCGCAUGUGGACUAUUUCCUGGAUGUGGUCUCACAGUGGUACGACCUGGUGGUUUUCACGGCCAGCAUGGAGAUCUACGGAGCGGCGGUGGCGGAUAAGCUGGACAACGGCCGAAACAUUCUCCGGAGGCGAUACUACAGACAACACUGCACGCCCGACUACGGAUCCUAUACCAAAGACCUGUCGGCCAUCUGCAGUGACUUAAAUAGGAUAUUCAUCAUUGACAACUCGCCCGGGGCCUAUCGCUGUUUCCCCAACAAUGCCAUACCCAUCAAGAGUUGGUUCUCGGACCCGAUGGACACGGCGCUGCUGUCGCUGCUGCCCAUGCUGGAUGCGCUGAGGUUCACGAACGACGUGAGAUCGGUGCUGUCGAGGAACCUGCACCUGCACCGCCUCUGGUAGCAGGUGGGCCGCCUGUCGCUAGUGUAGUUUAUCUAUUUAGGAGGAGCCUCGUAGGCCAGCGGAGUGGGGAGGAAGAGGAGGAGGAGGAGGAGGAGGAUACCUUCUGAAAUUAACAACAAACAUGGUGGUGCUGUGACACAUUAACGAAUUUUUUCAUUAUUACUAUUACGUUUACCAUUCAAGUCAGAGGAGCGAUGAGUGGAAAAGAGGAGGAGACACACACAGAGAUAAUAGAGAGAGUGGAGGAGAGAUUUGGAGAUCUGGAAAUCGAUGGAUUUAUUCUUUAUUGUGUAUUAUGAUUAACUGUUUUUGUAACAAUCUAAUUAUACAUGCAUAUUUGUCGAUAUA